AAUACAUAUUGCUUUGUAUUAUAUGUAACCGGAGCCGAGCUUUGGGAAGACGGCGCUCUUCGACGGUAUCAAUCUCUUCGUGUCCUGGAGUUCAUGGCAAAAGCAGGCGCUUCGUCAUCUUCUCGGCCGGAAGGCCUGCUUGAAGAAGAAUACGACUUAAUGUAUGGUUCCGAAUCUGGUUGUGUCGAAGCUCGAACUUCGUGCGAUCACCUUGGUUCGUUGGGGGCCGAUCUUACCCACAUCCCAACCCCCGAGACUCCAUGCAACAGUUGCCAACACCCCAGUGAGAAUUGGUUGUGUUUGUCCUGUAAGGAUGUGCUCUGUAGCCGUUUUGUGAACAAGCAUAUGCUUCAGCAUUAUCAGCGGACAAGUCACAGUGUGGCGCUCAGCUUCAGUGAUCUGUCAGUCUGGUGCUUCUCCUGUGAUGCUUACUUAGAUGCUCAAGCGAUUCCACAGCUGCGUGUAGUUCAUGAAAUAGCCUAUAUAUUGAAAUUUAGGGAGGCUCCACCAUUGCGAACAAUUAAUCAUCCGCCCAGUGGAGAUAAUCAAGCUGAAAAUUCAUCAUCUGGGAGUUGAGAUUUGACAGGGUAACUGUAAACCAUAGGAUAUAUCUGUUUAUCUUUUUUUUUUUCUUUUUUUAAUGGGCCAUCUUAUCUUCAGUGUUUUUGAAUGUCAUCUUUGUAGGGGCCUUACAGCCAUUGACAUUAAUUUCUUAUGAAUGCAAAUAUUGCGAGUUGGAUGCACUGAUAUGCAGCUAUUAGAUAAAUGAGGAAUGGUUUUUUGGCGUUUCUUAUCA